AUGCAAUUAGGACUCAAGGAAAAUCUCCCCGCGCUGGUCGCAAGACGCUUUACAGCCGCCCGAGAUUCUGGCCAUCUUGUGUUUUCCUCUACCCAUCUGUCGAUCAUCAAUGCCGCAGGGAUAUCCUACCAAUUGCGGUACUGCCCUGCACUCGCAAAGAAACCCUCAAAUUUAAAGCCUGACAAUGUCCCGAAAACACCAAAGCCCGAUCCUUUCGAGAAUCCAUCUCCAGAUCUUCUGAUCGCCCAGUUCCCACCCGAGAACCCCGCUUACAACCUCAUCCUCAACAAAUUCCCCGUCAUCCCGAACCAUUUCCUCCUCGUGACAAGAGACUGGCAAGCGCAGACGGAUAUCCUCCGCAAGGCAGACCUAGAAGCUACAUACGAGUGUCUAAAAGCCUGGAACACCGACAGCGAUGGAUCUCAAUCCACAAACGGCUCAUCUCCGAAGAGCCUCUUCGCCUUCUUCAACUCCGGCGACGACAGCGGCGCAAGUCAACCCCACCGUCACCUCCAAUUCCUCCCCGUCGAAGCAAUGCGCCAACCAGGCUCUGAGUCCUGGCACCCACUGAUCGACCUCCUCACCUCCCAACCGACUUCUCCUUCCCCAACACCAAAGUUCCACCACCUAUCAGGUCUCCCCUUCGCCCACUUCGCUCUCUCAAUCCCGCCAAACCCCUCCGCUGAAACACUGCACGCAAUCUACCUAUCCCUCUACAAGGCCGCAGCGGCAGCGACGCGCGGACAGACACCGAGCCAGGAUACCGAGUCUAUCCCCACGCAAGGACCGGCGGCCAUAAGCUACAACUUGGCCAUGACCCGCUCGACGAUGAUGAUCUGUCCGCGCAAACAGGAGACGGCGCUUGUCCCGGUUGACAGCGCGGCGACACGCGAUAUCGUUGACCCAGGUCUGCUCUCGCUGAAUGGAACCAUCCUUGCUGCGACACUGAUGGUUAAAGCUGAGGCCGAGUGGGAUGCUUUGCGUGAGAAUCCGAAGUAUUUGACGAAAGUUCUUUCUACAAUUGGGUAUCCUCGUACGGAUUCUCGCGGGCCUUCGCUGUGA